UAUUGCGUGCACAGAGGCUAAUGUUAGCAUCUCGGACGCUAGCUACUCACUUCAAAUGGUCCAAGGAAUGGAUGUUUUUCGGUUUCCCCGGUCCUCCAACCCAGCUCCGUGACCGGCCGAACAUGGCUGCGAUUUUAAGGAUUGUAUUGUUGUGACACACGGGUCGGGAGCAGCAGAAAUGGACGCCCCAUCACCCCGCAGAGGUUUCUAGCCCCGCAACAUCCUGGCCCCGCAACAUCCCAACCCGUGGCUCUCCUUCUCUUCUAUGACACAGCCAAUUUAUGCCCAGCUAGAUUCGGUGGAAUCGCUGUUGGACGACCUCCCAUAUAUGUUUUAUCUGGGCCUGUUCUUUGUGAACGUCCUGAUCCUCUACUAUGCCUUUCUAAUGGAGUACAUCGUCCUGAAUGUGGGGAUAGUGUUUCUUCCUGAGGACAUGGACCAGGCUCUGGUGGACCUCGGGGUGCUGUCCGAUCCGGCCUCUGUCCCUUAUGACACGGACACGGAGCUGGAUGUGUUUGAGGGGUAUGUGGAGUGACCCGGCGGUGCUGGAGGAAGGUCAGAGACAUUUAAGUCGUGGACUGGGACGGAUUGGACCAGUGGAAACCCUCCCAGGUCACCCAUGUGGCCCCUCAAAACGGAUGCUGUUGCUGCCUUCUUCUCACACUGACACUUCAGUAAAAAAAAAAACUCUAGGUUCUCCCGGAUCAAAACAAGGUAGCCCGAGGAGGAGAUUCAGCACCGCCGGCCACAUGAUCAGCACUUGUCCCAUGGGAGGAGGAAGAGCACUCUGCAAUGGCUCAGCUGUCGGUCGGUCUCUCGCCAUCCUAAUCGCAAAUGACUGGUGGCACGCCAUGGGGUUAGGAGUGGCGUCUGUGUGCUUCGCUUCGGACACAGUGAAGGAUAAAAAAGAAGCACACUGUGCUCUGAGGGGGAAGAGACGGCUGUUCCCCGUGGAUGGGGAAACGAAUGUUACCAGAGAUGUGGAGCAUGACUCAGGUCGUCUGCAUUGCAGCAAGAGCAGAUGCAGUUGUCUGAUAUGAUAUGACAUGGCAUUUUCAUUUCUCGACUUGUGGUCGACGGCUGAAGGAAAUGUCAUUUCAGAAGAACUGGCAAAGGAACUGGCGUGAAAACAAUGUCCGCUGUAGGUCUGUUGCAUACUCAAGCAUCUACAGUACCACUAGUUUUAUUCGUCUUUUUAAAGUUUUCAGAAUGCUUUGCUACUUUGCAAGCUCGCGCAUCCUUGAGACGUAAUUUAAAAAUAUGUCUUUUGAGGUCACCCAUGCUGUUUGUUUGCUUCAGGGAGGUACACAUUCUCAGGAGCACAGUUAGGAACUCUGGGUAGACUGGCAAGACUCUGAAAGGUGAAACUGUAACAUAUAGGAGAGCACUAAUCUUCUCAAGCUCUAUUAUGAAUCAGAAACACACCACACUUGCCACACGCUAAACUGUAAUGCAGAAAGUAUCUAGGGAGAGUUAUUUCUUUGAAACAGUAUGCCUUCUGAUGAUCUGUAUCACUUUAGUAGUUGGGGUCUCAUGCAGAUCUAUUCAUUUCCACUUAGAAGUUAACAGCAAUAGUUAUGAUAGCUGUGAUCACAGCCGGCCAAAAUGUGUCAAACUGUUUUCAGUAUGAGUCGUGUCAAAGGCUGAAGGAGAACCCAAUAAGAUGUGCUUUAGAUAUUUGACUUUUUCAUCCCUUAUUUGUUGCAUUCAUGUUUGUUUUAAUGUUCCAAAUGUGUGUUAAACACAUAAAAAAAAAAAUACUCAACGCAUGAUAUUGGUUGUGUGUUUUAAAGACCUGGUUUAGUUUGUCAAGAUUCUGUUUUAUCCCACUUUCUUCUUUUCAGUUUGUUAUGGAUUUAGAAUUCAGUUAAUAAGAUGUAUAUUCUUGGCAGCAAUAAUGAACUGGAUUCAAGCAAUGAGGCGAUUACGUACUAGAUGUGUGUGUAAGCCUCGAAGGUACUGUACAUACUGUAGGUCAGUGAAGAGCACUUAUAGCCCAGCUGAUUAACGGAAUAUUGAUUUUUGUUUUGAGGCAAUACAAAAGAACCAGUGUUUUUUCACUGCUUACAGCACCUGUCUACCAGAAUAAGCAAAUUGUGCAUAAUAAUCAUAGCAAUGUGGUUGUUGCCCACCAAAUAACUGGAGUUGUAGAGACAAAAAACAUUUCAAAAUAUUUGCACAUGCACGUUUCAUACUCUAAUCCAUCUUUAGCCACAAUUUCAUUUUGCCCGACGGUCAGUGUACCUGAACAUUACAUUCUGAUGGACUACCUUUCACCGACAUGGUGUUUCACCGACACUAUAUAUUACCAGAUAAUUGUUCACGUCGCCUAAUGAAUUCAGAACAGCGACUGUCAAAAACAUUAACGACAGCACAGUUUAGUAUGAGCAGAUGAUGAAAUUUAUCAUUUCAAAACUGAUCUGUGAAGCCAUGCAUGACUGAGAGUUCAUACUGGAGUUCAACCAGUAUUGAUUAAGGAUUGCUGAUAACCAAAUUAUUUCUUCUCAUUGGAUUAAGGCUGCCAGUAUGAAAUAUUUUGUGGUGACAUUUACGAUGUUUGGAUUGGAUUAUUGUUCAUGCUUUUGUAUAAAUCAGUGACAGAUUAAGAAUUCAUCUGAAGCAGCACUCAGAUCACGUGACACUAAAGCUCAGGAUACUAAUAUUCAUGAAAUAGUGUAAAACAUGUUCGUAUAGAAUUUGAUGAAAAGUCAGUGAAUCUAUAGCAGGAUGAAUAGUGGAUCAUGUGUAAUCAAUCAUGCUGGAGGCGGAGGGCAUUAACAGGCUGAAGUCUGUACGAUGAGUUGGGUCAUUCAGAUAUUUAAGACGCUGCCCAAAUGCUGAAAAACAAAUGUAUGAAAACUGUUUAUAUAAAUCACUGGUGUUAGCUGCAGGUAUCAGACAGUUUGUGCCAUUUCCCAGCAUGAUGCCACACUGUGCUCGUCAGGUUCUGAUCUACUUUAGUGACACACGUGGAACCGUGACGGAUCAUCGACAUACCGCCUUUACCCUGUGCAUGUGUCAUCCCCUCCACAUCUGCUUCUCUGCAGACAUGCACAUUCUGUAAUAAGCUAUGGAUCGUAACAGAGUUUUAUUUUCCGAUGUGUAUUUAAUAAACUUUGAGCAAUA